ACUAAACUGACAUUUUGGCUGGUAGGACGAAGUAAAAAUUUUAUUACACGCAGAUUUUCAAAAAAAAAAAAAAUAUAUAUAUAUAUUUCUUCCAAUGAAGUUGUAAAUUUGAGCUUCUUCCCAUUUUGGCAUCCCAGUCGAAUAUUUCCCUCACCUGACGUCUUAAUUUUCUUCUUAUCCAACUUAAACUUCCACCGCGUAGAAUGCGCACAACCGGCACACUUGAAUGAUUGAUCGAUUGCAUACGCGUCGUUUAGGAGCUGCAAGUAACCGUAGCGAUUCUAGCUCCCAAUCGGCAGCUACUUCCGGCGUUGGCGGUGGUGUCGUGGCUGGGACGAGUGGCGGCGGCGGCGCAAUUACUACUCCGCCAGCCAGCACCAGCUCUUCCAGCGGACACAGUCUACAGCAGCAACAACAACAUUCACAUUCGCAACAACAAUUUCGAUCAUCACUACAUCACCAUCAUCAUUCCACCGGUCACAGCCAUUUUACCUUCAAUACAGGCGGUAGCUAUAGUCAAGGUCAUAGCUCGGGAAGCUUAUCACGUAUAUCACGCAAAGCUGGCGCAUCACUUUCAACAUCUGCACAAAGUGGGCAUGGCUUUGAUGGCACCAGCACUGUCAAUAGUCCAUCUGUUGUGAAUUCGGGCAGUGGCAGUGCGAGUAGUGGUCCGCAACUUUUGCCCACAAUGGGCCCAAUGUUGGGCACAUCAACAAGUGGCGGCAGUGGUGGUGGCGGAGGCGGAGGCGGUGGUACCGGUAUAGCCGGUGGUCAAUUGGGUGUGCAUAGUCAAAAUGUAUCUUCGAAUGCUGCAGGCGGCAGCAGCGGCGGCGGUCACGGCGCCAGUGGUAGUGGCAGCGGUGCGGGCAUUGGUGGCGGCGUCAUGGGCGGUAUUGGUGGCGUUGGCGGCGGUGCGAUAGGCGGUGGUGUUGGUAUGGGCAUCUGUGGCGGCAUUAGUAGUACGAUGGGCCCGAGCAGCGCAGCCAUAACUGGCGUCCCCCCUAUUGGGCUGGGCCUAGCAACGGGCAUUGGUAAUAAGAUGCUCGGCCGCAAGCAAAGCCUCAAGGGGGGCGAACCGUUUUUGGCCGAUUAUGGUCCCGAGGAGUCGCUUAACGAAAGUGCCGAUAUUGAAUGGGUGAAUAAGCUGUGGGUAAGGCGACUAAUGCGUUUAUGCGCCUUAGUAUCCUUGGCCUCAGUCUCAUUGAAUACGCCGAAAACUUUCGAGCGGCAUCCCCCAUUACAGUAUAUAACAUUCGCAUCGGACACCGCGGUCACGCUGCUAUUCACCGCCGAAAUGAUUGCCAAAAUGCAUAUACGCGGGGUUUUACAUGGCGAAGUGCCAUAUCUGAAGGAUCAUUGGUGCCAAUUCGAUGCGUCGAUGGUAUUUUUCCUCUGGAUAUCGAUUAUAUUGCAAAUAUUCGAAGUAACCGAGAUAGUGCCAAAAUUUUCUUACAUUUCAAUUUUACGCGCACCACGCCCCCUGAUUAUGAUACGCUUCCUGCGAGUCUUCCUGAAAUUUUCGAUGCCAAAAAGUCGUAUCAAUCAGAUAUUCAAACGUUCGAGCCAACAGAUUUACAAUGUCACAUUGUUCUUCCUAUUCUUCAUGUCACUUUAUGGCUUACUGGGUGUACAAUUCUUUGGAGAGUUGAAAAAUCAUUGUGUAAUGAAUAAUACGGAAUAUGAUUAUCUGGGAAGACCCAUUUUAACGAUUAAUUCACUGGCUAUACCCGAUACGUUCUGUUCCAUGGACCCUGACUCGGGAUAUCAGUGCUCACCCGGUAUGGUUUGCAUGAAAAUGGAUUUCCUAAGUAGUUAUGUAAUAGGCUUCAAUGGAUUUGAGGAUUUCGCAACGAGCAUAUUCACCGUCUACCAAGCCGCCUCACAAGAAGGUUGGGUCUUUAUUAUGUAUCGCGCUAUCGAUUCGCUGCCCGCUUGGCGUGCUGCAUUCUACUUUAGCACGAUGAUCUUUUUCCUCGCUUGGUUGGUGAAGAAUGUUUUCAUUGCUGUCAUCACGGAAACGUUUAAUGAGAUUCGUGUGCAGUUCCAGCAGAUGUGGGGCGCUCGUGGUCAUAUACAGAAGACUGCAGCUUCGCAAAUACUUAGCGGCAAUGAUUCCGGUUGGCGUUUAGUCACCAUUGAUGAUAAUAAACAUGGCGGCUUAGCGCCUGAGACCUGUCAUGCCAUUCUACGUUCACCAUAUUUUCGUAUGUUGGUGAUGACGGUGAUCUUGGCGAACGGUAUCGUUAUGGCAACAAUGACAUUCAAGCAUGAUGGUCGACCGCGAAAUGUGUUUUAUGAGAAAUACUAUUAUAUUGAAAUGGCGUUUACGUUCUUCUUGGACUUGGAGACAUUAUUCAAGAUAUAUUGUUUGGGUUGGCGUGGUUACUACAAGCAUUCCAUACAUAAAUUUGAGCUACUGCUGGCUGUGGGCACCACAAUACAUAUUGCGCCUUUGUUUUACUUGUCCGGCUUCACAUACUUUCAGGUUUUACGCGUGGUGCGCCUCAUCAAAGCUUCACCAAUGCUCGAGGGUUUCGUUUAUAAGAUUUUCGGCCCUGGCAAGAAACUCGGCUCAUUGAUCAUAUUCACCAUGUGCUUGCUGAUCAUUAGUUCCAGCAUUUCCAUGCAAUUAUUUUGCUUUCUCUGCGAUUUUACGAAAUUUGAAUCAUUUCCGGAAGCAUUUAUGUCUAUGUUCCAGAUUCUCACACAGGAAGCUUGGGUUGAGGUUAUGGACGAAACAAUGAUACGUACAAGUAAAACGCUUACACCGCUAGUGGCUGUCUAUUUUAUACUCUACCAUCUGUUCGUCACAUUGAUCGUGCUUAGCUUGUUCGUGGCGGUUAUUUUGGAUAAUUUGGAAUUGGAUGAGGAUAUAAAAAAAUUAAAACAAUUGAAAUUUCGUGAGCAGAGCGCCGAGAUUAAGGAAACAUUACCGUUUCGUUUGCGUAUUUUCGAAAAAUUUCCCGAUUCGCCGCAAAUGACCAUAUUGCAUAGGAUACCAAAUGAUUUUACUUUACCCAAAGUGCGCGAGUCCUUUAUGAAACAUUUCGUUAUCGAACUAGAAACAGAUGAUCCGUCAAUCGUGGAGAAUUUCAAGCGUCCGAUGUCGGAGUGUUGGGAGUCGAAUGUGGUGUUUCGUAAACAGAAACCCGUGCGUAUUAUGAAUAAAACGCCGAAAGUGCGUUCGGCCGGCAGUAGUUUACGUAAAUUGGCCAUCACGCAUAUUAUCAAUCGACUUUCCAGUGAUUCGAAUAAUCAGCGUUUAAUGCUUGGAGACUCCGCUAUGCUGCCUGUCGUAGGCGGCAAAGGGGGUUUAAAGUCUCAAGGCACCAUAACACAUUCGAAACCAUGGCGUGUAGAUCAAAAGAAAUUUGGUUCACGUUCAAUACGCCGAAGCGUACGUUCCGGUUCGAUUAAGUUGAAACAAACUUAUGAGCAUUUAAUGGAGAAUGGUGAUAUUGCGGCUGCGCCACGCGCAAACUCUGGGCGUGCACGUCCACAUGAUCUGGAUAUAAAGCUGUUGCAAGCGAAACGUCAGCAGGCAGAGAUGAGACGCAACCAACGUGAGGAAGAUCUGCGUGAAAAUCAUCCGUUUUUCGAUACGCCACUCUUUCUGGUGCCGCGUGAGAGUCGCUUUCGUAAGAUCUGUCAGAAGAUCGUGCAUGGCAGGUAUGAUGCGCGCUUGAAAGAUCCACUCACCGGCAAGGAGCGUAAAGUGCAGUAUAAGAGUAUGCACAAUUUUCUCGGUCUCGUCACUUACUUGGAUUGGCUAAUGAUUUUUGCCACCACCCUCUCCUGCAUAUCGAUGAUGUUUGAAACACCCAGCUAUCGUGUUAUGGAUCAUCCCACACUACAAAUUGCGGAAUAUAGUUUUGUGGUGUUUAUGAGUUUGGAAUUGGCGCUUAAAAUACUGGCCGAUGGUCUAUUCUUUACACCAAAAGCCUACAUUAAGGACGUAGCGGCUUUGCUGGACGUUUUUAUAUAUGUUGUCUCCACAUCAUUCCUCUGUUGGAUGCCCCAACAGAUACCGACCAGCUCUGGUGCACAACUGUUGAUGAUUUUGCGCUGUGUACGCCCCUUGCGUAUUUUCACAUUGGUGCCACACAUGCGCAAAGUCGUUUACGAAUUGUGUCGCGGUUUCAAGGAGAUCCUGCUCGUAUCCACAUUGCUUAUCUUGCUCAUGUUCAUAUUCGCCAGUUAUGGUGUACAAUUAUAUGGUGGCCGUUUGGCGCGUUGCAAUGAUCCGACCAUAUUGCGUCGUGAGGAUUGUGUCGGUGUGUUUAUGCGUCGAGUUUUUGUAACGAAAAUGAAAUUAACACCCGGUAAUAACGAAUCAUAUCCGUCGAUGUUGGUGCCGCGUGUUUGGGCUAAUCCACGCCGAUUCAAUUUCGACAAUAUCGGCGAUGCGAUGCUAACGUUGUUCGAGGUGCUCUCCUUUAAGGGUUGGUUAGAUGUACGCGAUGUAUUGAUCAAGGCUGUUGGGCCGAUUCAUGCGGUCUACAUACACAUUUACAUUUUCUUGGGUUGUAUGAUUGGUUUGACUUUGUUUGUGGGUGUGGUGAUCGCUAAUUACUCGGAGAAUAAGGGUACAGCUCUCUUGACAGUCGAUCAGCGUCGUUGGUGCGAUCUUAAAAAGCGAUUGAAGAUUGCUCAACCUCUGCAUUUACCGCCUCGACCGGAUGGCAGAAAGUUUCGUGCUUUCACUUACGAUAUUACACAGAAUAUUAUUUUCAAGCGCAUUAUAGCGGUUGUCGUCUUGAUCAACAGCAUGCUACUGUCUAUUACGUGGAUCAAAGGCGAAGUGCACACCGAACGGCUGGUGAUCGUGAGCGCUGUUUUGAAUUUCGUUUUUGUCAUUGAAGUGGUUAUGAAAAAUAUAGCCUUCACUCCACGUGGCUACUGGCAGUCGCGACGCAAUCGUUAUGACUUACUUGUCACCACGGGUGGUGUGGUCUGGAUAUUCCUACAAACCAUAUUAAGAAAUGAUCUCUCGUAUUUCUUUGGAUUUAUGGUCGUAAUUUUACGCUUCUUCACCAUUACCGGCAAGCAUACCACUUUGAAAAUGCUUAUGCUGACUGUAGGCGUGUCAGUUUGCAAAUCAUUCUUCAUUAUAUUUGGCAUGUUUUUGUUAGUUUUCUUUUACGCACUGGCCGGCACCAUACUCUUCGGUACUGUGAAGUAUGGCGAAGGUAUCGGAAGGCGAGCAAAUUUCGGUUCACCUGUUACAGGCGUAGCUAUGCUGUUUCGUAUUGUUACCGGCGAGGAUUGGAAUAAGAUUAUGCAUGACUGUAUGGUGCAACCGCCGUAUUGUACACCUGGGAAUAAUUACUGGGAAACUGAUUGUGGCAACUUCACUGCAAGCUUGGUCUACUUUUGCACUUUCUACGUCAUCAUUACAUACAUUGUUUUGAAUUUGCUAGUGGCUAUUAUCAUGGAGAAUUUCUCAUUAUUCUAUUCAAACGAGGAGGAUGCCUUGCUUUCCUACGCCGACAUACGUAAUUUCCAGAAUACUUGGAAUAUAGUAGAUAUACAUCAACGUGGCGUAAUACCUGUGCGACGAGUAAAGUUUAUACUACGUCUGCUGAAAGGUCGUCUAGAGUGUGAUCCACAGAAGGAUCGUUUGCUUUUCAAGUAUAUGUGUUAUGAGUUGGAUAAAUUGCAUAAUGGUGAAGAUGUGACAUUCCACGAUGUAAUCAACAUGUUAUCAUAUCGCUCGGUGGACAUACGUAAGGCACUGCAAUUGGAAGAGUUGCUGGCACGUGAAGAGUUUGAGUAUUUGGUGGAGGAAGAAGUGGCGAAAAUGACGAUACGCACUUGGUUGGAGGGUUGUCUGAAAAAGAUACGCGCACAAAAUGCAAAUAAACAACAAAACUCACUAAUAGACGGCUUGCGUGCCACAAAUGAACAGUUAAUGCCACAAGAAGAUAAAACACCCACCAGCGGUGGAGAUAAACCGCCAGGUAGCGCCACUGCACCCGGUCCACCGACUAGCGAUGCCUUCUCACCCACCUUUAGUUCAACAGAGAAUGAAGAGAAGGAUGCUAGUGGUAGUGCGGCUAUCUCUACCACCGCCACCGAUGUGCAUGGCGUGCAGCGUGUUAUAAGUGCUACGAAACGCGCAUAUGCACUUAAUCGCUCCGAUUCGACGGGCAGCUCAACGGGUCGUAAAUACUUAGCACCCACCACAUCCGAUCCACAGCAACGCAGUACACUAACCGAUAAAGAGCGUUUGCAUAUUACUAGUCAGCAAAAGAAAAAAAAUUCAAUGACUACAGUACCUGUCCUGCCGCCAGUCGUUGCUGCUAGCGGUGCUGCAAUUAAACGAGAUUUAAAUCGUACAACGGGUUUAUACACAUCCGGCAAUAGCGAUGGCAGUCAAUUUCAUUAUCCCCCAAAUGUGGUGAAUCAUUUUGGCGAACAGCAUGGACCAUUGGGUAGUCCAUCGGCGAUUAUGGGCCAUAUUAUAGCGGGUAGUAAAUUAUUGCCUUUCAAUAAUCAAGCAAAUGCAGUUUACGAGGUGCACGAUUGGUGGCAGGAACAGGUGAUUUGCACGCUUUAUAGUGAUGAUGAAGGUUAAAUAUGUUAGUAUAGAAAGAAGGUAGUUUUUGGUAUUAGAAAAUUAGUGUAGGAAAAUGUAGGGCAUAUGUAGUUUUGAUUAUGAAUGCGAGGUUAGUCAAUAUAUGUAGGUAUAAUACAUAAUUUAAUGUGAUUAUAGUAAAUGUUAAAUUUAUAUGUUAUUUAAUUUAUACAUGCAUAUGAAUAUGUACACUAUGCCAAAUUUAUAUUCAUACAUACUUACAACAAAAUAGCCAAGAAAAAUUUUACAGUUUAUGGUUAAAUAGUCAAUGAUACACAAAAUUAUUGUUAAAUAAUGUUAAGGAAAUAUUGUUAGAAUCCUUAAUUCUUUGAUGUUUUAAAUUUUGUAAUAAAAAUGCAUGCUUACAUUGCGUGAA